AUGACAACCAUGGCAGACCCCUAUGACACAACUGGGACUUUGUCCUUGAAAUGGGAUCCUAAAAACUUGGAGAUACGUACCAUGUCUGUUGAGAGGACCCUUGAGCCAUUGGUGUUGCAGGUUACUACCCUUGUUAACAGCAAGGAUAAGGCAGCUAAAAAGAAACGACCUGGCAAAUCUAAGAGAGCCAGUGCCUUAGUAGCAACUGUAGAGCGAGCUACAGAAAUAUUCAUAGAAAGGGGACAGACAAUCGCUUAUGAGAACCCAGAAAUCACUCAGGAGAUGCUGGCUGCAGUUGAGCAAGUUAGAAAGGCUGGGGCAGCCAUGAGUCUGGCAGCUCGUGAGUUCUCUGAGGAGCCCUGUGCAUCAUCUGUCCGCUCCAGUAUGGUUAGAGCGGCUCGCAGCCUGCUCUCUGCUGUCACUCGACUGCUCAUUCUUGCUGAUAUGGUGGAUGUGCAUCUGUUGCUGUCUAAACAGAGAAUGGUGGAAAAAGAUCUUGACAAGCUGAAAUCGGCUUCCUCUCAAUCUGAACUGAUAGAGAGCGCUCGGCAAUUUGGUCGUUCUGCCAGUGAAUUGGCUGCUCAAGCGGCUAAAAGGCAGAAGGAACUCAAGGAGCCAAGGAUGAAGGACGAGCUGGCCGCAGCCAGGGCUGUUCUGAAGAAGCACUCCACUAUGUUGCUCACUGCCUCUAAGGUAUACGUUCGUCACCCGGAAUUGGCUGCUGCAAAGGCCAACCGUGACUUCGUUCUUCGUGCUGUGUGUUCCGCCGUUGACACCAUCUCCGCUGUCGCUCAGGGCAGACCCACUCCUAAUACUGGUACUAACCGUGUCCCAGUGGAGGGUCCAGGAGAAUUGGCUCAGGCUUUGGAUGACUUUGAUGAGCGUAUGGUGAUGGAGCCACUGGCGUAUUCCGAGCUGCGUACACGUCCGUCGCUCGAGGAGAGGCUUGAAUCCAUCAUUUCUGGCGCAGCACUUAUGGCCGACAGCUCUUGUACUCGAGACGAGCGUCGCGAGCGCAUAGUGGCCGAGUGCAACGCCGUGCGUCAGGCUUUGCAGGAGUUGCUCCACGAAUAUAUGACCAAUGCCGGUCGUCCCGAACAAUCCGAGGGCUUGGAACGUGCGCUGGAGCACAUGUGCCGUAAGACCCGCGACCUGCGCCGGCAGCUGAGGAAGGCUGUGGUGGAUCAUGUGUCUGACAGUUUCCUGGAGACCAACGUUCCUCUGCUGGUUCUGAUGGAGGCGGCUCGCAACGGCAAUGAGAAGGAAGUCGAGGAGUAUGCCGUUGUCUUCACUGAACACGCUAAUAAACUUGUCGAGGUAGCGAACCUCGUGUGUUCGAUGUCCAACAACGAAGACGGCGUCAAAAUGGUGAGGCACGCGGCCGGACAGAUCGAAGCUCUCUGCCCUCAGGUGAUCAACGCGUGUCGCGUCCUCGCGGCUCGUAGCCGUUCGCGCGUCGCGCAGGAGAACGGACGCGCCUUCGGUCGCGCUUGGGAAGCCGCCGUGCGACUGCUGACCGACGCCGUGGACGAUUUGACCACUAUUGACGACUUCUUGGCUGUUAGCGAGAAUCACAUUCUGGAGGACGUGAACAAGUGUGUAGUAGCCCUGCAAGAGGGAGACCCGGAUUCGCUGGAGCGCACUGCUGGGGCCAUACGCGGACGAGCUGCUAGGGUGUGUUCAGUGGUGACUCAAGAGAUGGACAAUUACGAGCCCUGUAUUUACACCAAGAGGGUUCUCGAAGCCGUCACCGUACUACGAGACCAAGGUAAGGGGUUUUUUUGGGGCUUGGGGCUCACGACACAGUUUUCAGUUACGUUGCUAUUCUUAAUGUUUCAAGGGUUUCUCUCUAUCGAUUCUAGAGCAGUGUCCGCCUAG